GCCCGGAAGUCGGCGUCUUGAGUCAUAGGAGUGAGCCACGCCCGAGCUGUGGGAAUAAGAUGGCGGGGAAGAAGAAUGUUCUGUCGUCCCUCGCAGUUUACGCGGAAGAUUCAGAGCCCGAGUCUGAUGGCGAGGCUGGAAUCGAGGCGGUGGGCAGCGCGGCUGAGGAGAAAGGCGGAUUGGUAUCUGAUGCCUAUGGGGAGGAUGACUUUUCUCGUCUAGGGGGUGAUGAAGAUGGUUAUGAAGAAGAAGAAGAUGAGAACAGUAGACAGUCGAGACGGCGUUUCACUAUGUUUCCCAGUCUGGUUUCAAACUUCUGGCCUGAAGCAAUUCCCCUGCCUCACCCUCCCAAAGUGCUGGGAUUACAGGAAGAUGACGAUUCAGAGACUGAAAAACCUGAGGCUGAUGACCCAAAGGAGAAGCUCGGCACAGUGACAGAGGCACCCAGGGCUCAGCAAGCUCAUGGCCCAGCUUGUUGGACUCAGAGGGCAGAAGAAUCGCAUUCUAAACAUGAUAAGAGACGUGACUCAGCAACCUCAGCUGAGCCUGGCAGCACACACACCCCACACUCCUUUCCAUCUCCAGGGUCACAAAAGCCACAAGAAGCCACGGGGAGGCUCCUGGCCUCUUACUUUACCUAAGGAGCCCCUGAAGUGGCAAGAUAAUACAGAAGCAGAAAAGCGAGACCCCCAGGAACUCGUGGCCUCCUUUUCUGAAAGAGUUCGGAACAUGUCGCCUGAUGAAAUCAAGAUCCCGCCAGAACCCCCUGGCAGAUGUUCAAAUCACUUGCAAGACAAGAUCCAGAAGCUUUAUGAACGAAAGAUAAAGGAGGGAAUGGAUAUGAACUACAUUAUCCAAAGGAAGAAAGAAUUUCGGAACCCUAGCAUCUACGAGAAGCUGAUCCAGUUCUGUGCCAUUGACGAGCUUGGCACCAACUACCCAAAGGAUAUGUUUGAUCCCCAUGGCUGGUCUGAGGACUCCUACUAUGAGGCAUUAGCCAAGGCCCAGAAAAUUGAGAUGGACAAAUUGGAAAAGGCCAAAAAGGAGCGAACAAAAAUUGAGUUUGUGACGGGCACCAAGAAAGGCACCACGACCAACGCCACGUCCACCACCACUACCACUGCCAGCACAGCUGUUGCAGAUGCUCAGAAGAGAAAGAGCAAGUGGGACUCGGCUAUCCCAGUGACAACGAUAGCCCAGCCCACCAUCCUCACCACCACAGCCACCCUGCCAGCUGUUGUCACGGUCACCACCAGCGCCAGCGGCUCCAAGACCACCGUCAUCUCUGCUGUGGGCACCAUUGUGAAGAAGGCCAAGCAGUGACCUCAGGGGCCACCCUAGGACUUGAAAGGACCGUGCAGCCCAGUGACCACUGCCCAGUGGGAGGCGCCACUUUGUAUAUUUCAGGACUGGGACCUGCUCCCCAGAUGCCACCUGAGAGGAGCUUCUGUUUGGCAUUCCAGAUGGAAGGACAGGCAGCACGGGAGCCAGGCGCUGUGGACAGGGUCUGUCCACGCACCACCUGGGGUCUGCCGCCUAUUAAAAGUGCCGUAUUCUUACCUCUUGGCAUCUCAGAUGCACUGGCCUCUCCUGCAUUCUGUUUGCAGGCAAAUGCUUCAGCUCACAUGUCCCCCAAGACUCAAUAGUCUUGGUUGGGAUUAUUGCCUCAGGGUUGACAACAGGGUGAUGGAGGCCUGGGACGCUGUUCAGAGGGGUGACCCAAGAAGUCACCGUUGUUAUCCGUGUAUGCCUCUGGGCAUGGACAGGCGGGAGUCCCCGAGCCCCACAUAUGCCCCAUCUGCCGCCUUGAUCCCAAAACCCAGCCAGUUCUCGGGUGAUGGUGGAGCUGUGCUCCCUUGAGUGCACUUGAGCACUCCCCAGACCAGAUCACUUUUUGGACACACCCAGGAAGGCUUUUGAAGUCAAGCCAGUUUCCAGAAGGGCUGGGGGGAGAUACUGACCUGUGCAGAGAGUGGGGAGGCGUCAGCGCCUGGCCAGGGCUGCCCCAGUCCUUUGGUGCCCGGUGAGCGCAGCCAGCAGGAGCUGAGCAGCGGGGGAGAUGAAUCACCUCCUGCCUUGGCCAGGCGGCAGCUCAUUGUUUACGGGCAAGCCCUGCUCCUGGGAGGGCUCCUGCCACCCCACCCUUCCUCUGUGUGUUAUCUCUGCCCCACAGCAGCCCCUGGGCAGCACCAGUGGCCACUGGGCUCCCCCCGGGGUUGAAACGGGUUUCCCAGACCAGGGGUUCAGAGGAGACUAUUUACCCUUCAUGAUCUUUGGCGAUUCUCCACUGGAGCGGAAGGGCUGUGUGUCAAAAGAAGGAAGCCAGGCUGUGAAGGGCCGUGUUGCUUUCAGUGGGUGGGCAGAGGUUUAGAAAGGUGGUUCUGAAAUUGCACCUGGUACUCUUGUGGGACCUGGGGAAUAUAAGGAACUCUGUGCAUGAGGUUUCAAAAAUAAAAAUUGAGUCCACUCUCCCCGUACACACACACUCGGGCACUUCAGGAGGUCAGUUCUCACCCCUUCCUGGAUGGGGCUUUAAAGCUCUGGGGAGAAGAGCUGCUCCCCACUCAUGCCCCAGAGGGACUGUGAAAAGGCUUCCUGUGACCUCCGGCGGCGGCCCCUCAUUAGCCAAGGGCACUGUUUAUGUUUUGUGGGAGGCAGCAUGGCACCGUGGAAAGGGCAGUAGACGUGGAGCCGGCACCUCUGGUCUGGAUUCCGCUUAAAACCAGUUGAGUGGUCUCAAGCCCUUAACCUCUGUAAGUCUGUUUCUUCUCUGAAAUCACAGUAAUAAAGCGUCGUAAGAUGGUUGGGAGGAACCA